CUCUCGUCUCUGAUCAAGGGUCUGAUAGGGCUCAUAGUGGGAGAUUGAGGGGAGAUUACCCUAAAAGGGGAUAGCGUGGUUGGCAUUGUUUACUUGCAACGACAAGCCAGCCAGCCAGUCAGUCAUUUAAGUCAAGUCUGCAGCCAUGCGCCCGACGCGACCAACUUCGACCUGCACCAGCAUUAUCGUAACAUAAGUUAAUUCGCCUCAUCCAAACAUGCCUCGUGUCGCCCAGGUGCCUCGCGCGAGUGCCGGCACUCGAAUAGCUUCCGGCUCGUCUGGUUCUCCCUUCAAAUCGCCUCUCAAGAUCCCGCUCAACGACGACGCUCAAGAGAAGAAAGGCCGUUUUCACUCUCGAAAGGCCCGCCACGAAAAACAGAUCAACGAGCUACAGCAGGCAGCCACCACGCCUGCGAAGAAAGCUGGUUUCAGACUGGCCGACCUGGAUAGUGCGUCUCCCCGCUCGAACCCGCGGACACCGCGACGUGGCGGGGAGGACUACGAUGACGACGACGAUGACGAUGUCGUCGUGGUCGGCAGCGGCGUGACGCCUAUGAAGCGCGUGCCCAUCUUGGCCAACUUCGAGGAGUGGAUGAAAAUGGCCACCGACAACAAGAUUAACGCCACCAACUCGUGGAAUUUUGCGCUUAUCGAUUAUUUCCACGACAUGUCCUUACUGAAGGAUGGGGAUGGGGUCAACUUUCAACGGGCCAGUUGCACGCUCGAUGGCUGCGUCAAGAUCUAUACCAGUAGAGUCGACAGUGUCGCUACAGAGACGGGCAAGCUGUUGAGCGGCUUGGCAGACAGUAAUUCGAAAAAGAAAAGCAAAGACGAUGAAGGAGAUGGAGAAGAAAGCGAGGAGGAGGUCGACGAAGAUGGCAAUAUCGUACGAAAAAAAACCAAAAAAAGACAACGGUCAUCAGAAGCGACCCUGGCGCCAUCAUUUGCUUCUUUACAGCUCAAGAAGUUCGACAUGGAAUUUGCAGUGGACCCCUUGUUCAAGAAAGCGUCUGCAGACUUCGAUGAAGGUGGAGCCAAAGGUCUCCUAUUGAAUCACCUCAUGAUCGACGGCCAAGGGCGCAUUGUCUUUGAUAGCAGUGAUGACUCAAAUGACAAGUCAGCAGACGGCAUCAAGCCUCGGCGGAGGGAAGAUGUAACCGCUGAAGAGGAGGAUGAAUUGGAAGAAGAAGAAGGAGAUACGAUCACGGGUCAGCCAGCUACGAUCGAAGAGGACGAAGAUGUCGAGAUUGACAUUAGCGCCCUUGGGCUCAAAUUUUUCCCUGACUUAAGCCAGUUAGAUGAGCAAGAUAUCUGCCCGUCGUUGAAAACCUUCGAUCUCGGGGAUCCUUCCGGAUCACUAGAUAUCCCGUUCCUGCGGGCUCCAGAAGGUGACGAGGGGAACGAUGACGAAGAUACCCUUGAAGGAGCCGGUAAUAAAUCUGGUAUGUUCAUUGACGAAGAUAAUCCAAUGGGAUUUGACGACAUGACCGCUAUUGGUGGAUUCGAUGUCGCUGAGGUUGCUUUCGGCGAAGGCGGCGAGGCUUGGGCACGAGAAGCUGCUUUAGAGCCCCAAACGCGCCCGUAUGAUAUCGGACUUGAUGAUGGAAUGGCCGGGGGCGAAGGCAUGGAGGGGUUGGACGAUGAGAAUGCCGAUUACAUCGUAUCCAUGAAGCACAAUAAGCACAGUGACAAAGCCCAUGAGGAUAUUCUUGGCUAUUUCGACCAGGCUCUUCAAAAGAAUUGGGCUGGGCCAGAGCACUGGCGGAUACGGAAGAUCAAAGAUGCCAACAAACCAGAAACGACCACUCGACAACGCAAAGAAAAGGAACCGUUUGAAAUUGACUUUACGGCGAUGCUUGAUGGCAAAUUAGCCGAGACAAUAUUCACACAAGCAUCCAGUAACUCGGCCAUUUCCCUACCCAAGAAAGACUGGAAGUCCAAGACUCGCAAUCUGCUGCCUGAUGACAAGCAUUUCAACUCGAAGCAACUUCUUAGCCUCUUUCUUAAGCCUAAAGCUCGACUGAGCAGUAAACGCAACCGCUUCAAUAGCAGAAUAGGCACUUCUGGCCAUGCAGCUCAAUCGGGCAAUGUGCACGCAGCCGACAUGGAUGAAGCCUUUUGGGCUCAGAAAGAGCCGCUUCAAAGUCGGGAGGAGGACACGGUUCUGCCGCAGGGCGACUACGACGCCAACUUCUUUGACGACGAAAUGCCACUCCCUGGCGGUGGUUUGUUGGAUGAUGAUAACGACGAGUUCGCCGAUGCUAGAGACCACUUCUCCCCUAGUGCGGAGGCCCCCCCUACAGAAGCGCUCGGUAUCACGACAAUGCUUGGUGGUAUGACAACGGGUGGCUUCGGUACGCAGCUAGUUACGUCUACGCGCAGGUUAAGACCAGAAUACGUGCAAUAUGCUCGCGUGGCCAAGAAAGUGGAUGUCAGGAGACUCAAAGAAGAGCUUUGGAAGGGCCUAGGAUACUCUGAGACCCAAGAUGAUCCCAACCGGUCCAGGCUGCCAACCCCUCCAACAGAAGAGGAUGUCCAGCCGAAACCAAAAGAGGACGCUCCACUCAAGUUCACCGAGGUUAUGAACGAUCUCAAGUCUGUUUAUCCCAAGGCUGUUAUGGAUGACAUCUCAACGAGCUUCUGCUUCAUCUGCUUGUUGCAUCUAGCCAACGAAAAAGGUCUCUCCAUAGAAAAGACGCCGGAUCUUCUCGAACUCGAGAUUCGGAAAGACUGGAAUGCAGAGAUUACCGAGGCUGUAUGAUAUACCAACCUCACAAUACAGUAUGUAGUUACGUGUUACA